UCUCCGUGUUUUCCAUAUACUUUCUCUUCACGUUUUCGGUUCGACUCGCUGCUUUCAAACUCAUGUUCCCCGAUGCUCCCGAACACCAGCGGCAAAAACGUCCCAAAUUGCUUCUGCAUCUUUCAAAAAAUUAUGGCGGGACCUUUUGUAAGCAGACCUUCUUCUCACGGCAACUUCUGGGAUACAUCGUUUGGAUUUUAACUCCCCUCAACCCGAUGCUCAUCUCAAAUUUAAACACGAUUUAAAAUGCCGUUCCCCGAGAGAACCGUUGAGCCUGAGCUGGUGAGCAGGUUGAGAGGGAGCGCUGGCUCCGAGAAGAGCUUCACGACGCCGGACGGUCGCAGAGUGCGCAAACCUGUUUUGUUCUCUUCUUUGGAAGAAGUGUGUUGCUAUACGCUCACCAGCAUCCUACAUCAACUGUCCGAUCUAUCGCGGAAUGCCAGUGACAUAUUCCUGGGAAUUGAGACUCAGGCUGUGUUGGUCAUGCAAAGGACAUCAACUAUUCAAGUGCGUUUGGAGAGAUUACAGCUCACCGUGUGCAAGUUUGAUCCCAAAACCAUUAAAAUACCCGUAUCUAAUCUGGAUGAAGAGAAAAAGUGGACUGUGCACUACACGGCUCCAUGGCACCAGCAGGAGAACGUCUUUCUGCCGGGCUCCAGACCAGCCUGCGUGGAAGACCUGCACCGCCAGGCCAAAGUGAACCUGAAAACAGCUCUUAGAGAAUGUGAUAAACUGAGGAAAGAUGGCUUCCGCAGCUCACAGUACUACUCACAGGGGCCCACCUUCUCAGGCUCCACAAACUCCCAACAUGAGGACGAGGAUAUAGAAGAUGAUGAAGCUGAUAAAAAGUCCACAGCAUCUUCAGGAGAGGAAGAGAAAGACACCUGCCAAAUGAGAGCACAGAGUCCAGCGCAGGUGGAGGGGGUUGAGGUUGAUGGACAAAUGUCACAGACCAAAGCUCCGCCCCUGCCCACUCCAGAAGAGAAGAUGAGGCAGCAGGCUCAGGCCGUUCUCACAGAUAUUGUCCCCAUCAAUGUCACAGGGGAGACGUUUGACAGGCAGGCCAGCAUCCGCCGCUCCCUUAUAAACACUGACACUCUGGUCCGCCGGCCCAAGAAGGUUAAGCGGAGAAAGACUAUUUCAGGGGUGCCUGACAGCGUCCAACAGGAACUAGCGGCUAAAGGGCGUGGAGGAGAGCUUCGGCCACAGUCCAUGUUUAUCCCUGGACAGUAUUCAACACUUGGGCAAGUCAUAAAUGGGAAUUCCACUCUCCGUCGAUCUAUAACAAAAGAUUCUGGCUGCCAGACUGAGGAUGUGAAAAUCGUCCCACCCUCUGUGAGGAGAAUACGGGCUCAGAAGGGCCAAGGAAUUGCUGCUCAGAUGGCCGGCAUCUCCACCUCUGCUACGAACAUCUCUUCAGUUUCCGAUGGGAGCUCCCCUGGAAAUUCAGUUGUUGUAAUGGCACCACGGUUUGGCAAUGAUAUCCAACGUUUUCACAGCUUGCCGCGAGGUGCAAGGGUCUCUCUUAACGCAGAGCCCCUUUACAGUAGCACCCCUUUCAGGCAAGAAGACUCCACUGCAAAAUCAACUCAGCAGAUUGGAAAAUUACAAGUAGAUGAUACUGUGGUGCACAUGAGGAAUGCCCCCAGGGUAUGCACCCAAGCACGGCCAAAAUCUCAGGAGGUUAGAGGUACGUGGGGAUCUGUCUCGAGUCCAGCCUGUGUAGUUUCUCCACAUGCUGCCUACUCAACCUCCCUUAUACCUAAUGCUACUCUAUCAUGUUCUGCUGAGGUUAUCGCACUUCACACGUCAAGCCCUGGCCAGAGCCCAGUUGCUGGCUCACCGUACACUAAAGCUAGACCUCUUAGCAUGGUCUCAGCUGUCAACAGUGAGAGCACCAGUAGUGUGGGCACAGGAUCACACACACCAGAAGCAGGUAUGAAGGAUACCUGCAGUGAGACUGGCCAGUCCGAUAGCAGUUUGCACAGCCACAGCACCCUUGCCGCAGGAACACUGUCUUCAGAUGAGCAAUGGAUUUAUGACACUCCUGAGAAUGUCUUGCCCAGAAGGACACUAUCUUCCAGCUGCUCAACACCCAUAAAUCAUCUCUAUAGUAGCCUUGAACGCUCCUCAAAAGGCACAGACUCUAGUUCGCUCUACUCUAUGGACAAUGAUGGCUACUACACUUCCAUGCAUCUGGAUUCAGGCCUUAGGUCAAGGAGCCAGGGUAGCGGCCAUGGUCAUGGCAUAGGAGGAAGAACGGCAAGACACAGUAUGUACGAGUGCCUGGGUCAGCAAGAAGACCAAAACAGCUUGUACAGUGACCGGUCACUGUCACGUUCCAUUUCUCUACGCAAGCCUAAGAAACCACCUCUUCCACCAGCACGCACAGACUCUCUACGACGAAAGCCUAAGAAAGCCAGCUCUCCCACUGCCAGUAUUGGACAGUCAGAUAUUAGCAAUGGUCCGCUUCUCAACGAGUCAUUGAUUGCCACGCUCCAACAGUCACUUCAGAAUGGGCUGAAAGGUAAAGGGUCCUCCACCUCACCGUCUCAUAGUCCUUGUAGUGACUACGAGGAACCCUGGAUGCUUUGUUCCAGGAGCCAGAGCAGCAUCAGUGCAGGCAGCAGUGGUGUGUCAGUUACAGGGAUGGCUCAUGUGUACUCCAUUUGUCACGUCACACCUUCUCCUAGUGACACUAGUAGCCUCCGUUCUGAUUAUGCAGACUCCUGGGGCUACUACAUGGAGUACCCUCGUCCAUCUGGGGAUCAGACACGGUCACCUUGCACCAAUUCACUUUCUGCUGGACAAGUGGUUGAGAUGGCAAAUGGGAAAAGCCUCCACAAUGGUAACCAGGCUAAUCUUCCUCAUGCUCAGGAAGGAAGUGAUGUGUCUGUGAAGCCUAAAACCUCAUCACCGGAUAGGGUACAUCGAUUGACAUCUCCAUCAAGUGGAUACUCGAGUCAAUCCAACACUCCAACAGCUGGCACUCCUGUUCCCUCCUUCAUGAGAUGCAUGUCCCCAUCAGGCAAACCCAAACCCAGAGUACCUGAAAGAAAAUCAUCCCUGCUUUCCUCUGUAUCCAUAUCAUCGUCUUCCACUUCUCUUUCCUCCAACACCUCUGAUUCCAACAGGAACAAUAUUCCUCCUCCACCUCCUCUACCAGCUGGUCCUGUGGCUAUUGUACCUUUUAAUCCUCCAUCCUCUCCUCCUCCCCUUCCGCCCUUAGGGCCUGUGUGCACUAUAGACCAGAAAUUUCCCCCUCCGCCACCUCCUUUACCCACAACCCCCCAUCAACAAGCAUCCAUGAGCCCUCCUUACAUCAAUUCCUCCCCUGAAUUUCCACCACCUCCACCUCCGGAAGUGUUGACUGACCCUGUCUUGUCAAGCCUCAAUAGUUCUUUCAGCCCUCCACCACCUCCUCCACCACUGCCUGCUUAUUCUCCACCCCAAAAUCAACACCUACCCAGCUUGACACCACCUACACCUUCCUCUGCUUGCUUAAAGGAAAUUAAAGGUGGCUUAAAACCAGUGAACCUAGAAAGAAAACCAGUUUCGCCUCACUCAGAGGAGCUUAGUAAGAUUGGCAUGCCUCUCAUCACCCCUAUGGCCCUGCAGAGUGUGCAGCUUCGGCCAGCAAAAUGGCCAGAAAACAAUGGAGUUAGCCAGUUAGCCAGACCCCAACCACCAGAGAAGCCUCAAAAACCAGGGCAUCCCACAGUUCCUCAGGGCAUCCCUUGCAUACCUCCAAAUUUAAGGCCAUCAUCUCCAGAGAAAAAACUCUCCAUCCAGCAUAGCCAGGAUAGCCAUGUUGAAGCAAAACCUGACUGUGUAAUAUCACAUUCUGAAGAGACAUCCUGCUUUACAAAUGGUUCCAUAGAUCUUGGCGAGGUUAAGGCCACAGCUGAAGUAGAUGGUCUUGAGACUGCCCUCGCAUCACCUGCGGAAACGCCACAAAACUCUACACCCAAGAAGAAGCCUCCUCUGAUUUCCAAAAAGCCCAAGUUUUCUCUCACCUUUUUCUCAGUGGAUCAUGUCAGUUAUUUGCUGAGUGCUCAGAAUGACGAUAAAAUCUCUAUGACUACAGCUGAAGAUCUGGACCCCACACCUGUGCCAGAACAGGAAGAAAAGGCAACUGAGAAAGAUGGCAUUGACAUUUCUGCACCUCCUGAGGAGAUAAGAGACAUUUCUCCCACAAAUGGUGAAGCUCAGGAGUUCUCCCAGACUCCUGGUGCCAUUACUCCAGAUGCAGACAAGGGCACCUCUGAAGCAGAGGAUGAAGAAAGAGAUGAUGAAGAUGUAACCAGCAGCACAGGAUCUUUUGGCUCUAAAGAUGAUGAAAGUGGUGAGGUGUUCGAGUCCAGCACGUUGGACGUCACUCAGUCUCCCAGCACUGUGGGGGACAUGGUGACCCCCACAUGGCCCCGCACCACAGAGGACCUCUUUGCUGCCAUUCACAGGUCGAAGCGGAAGGUCCUGGGCCGCAAGGAAUCCGAAGAGGACUGUUCACGACGUCCUUUAUCCCCACCGGCCACCCCUACAGGAACGGCCCCCAGCUUGACUUCCCCUCUGCCACGGCAAAUGGGCUCCAUCCAGCGCAGCCUGCGCAAAUCCGCAACAAGCAGCGACACCUUCAAGGCCCUUCUGCUGAAGAAAGGCAGUCGCUCCGAGACCAGCUUCCGCAUGUCUGCUGCAGAGAUGCUGCGCAGCACCGACCCACGCUUUCAGAGAACUCGCUCUCUCGACUCCUCAUUCGAUCCAGCAUCUCCAACGGGCGAGAGCCCCUGCUCUUCACCAGGCCGGAACAAGAGGAUGCCCGAGGACUGGGCACGCAACGAGGGAAUGUUUUCAACGUCCCCAUCGUUAAUCGGUCCGAAGUACGGCCGAUCUCGCACACCGCCCUCCGCCGCCAGCAGCAAGUAUAACACCCGCAGCCGGAUCCUCAGCAGCCCCAUGACUGUUAUUUGCGAGAGGGAUGGGGAACUCACCGACUGUGAAGACCCAUGCCCUGUUCCUCCAUCAAACAUGCCCCUCCCCAUCUCUCAGGACUCCAACAGCACUUUAUGUGAGCAGAGCAGCAGUUAGGAUACCAAACGGCUCCUUGGCAAAGGCAGAAUGCCUUCUCGGCACCAGAGAUUGACUGAGGGCAGAAGACCAGGAGAGGCAGAACUCUAGAAGGUCUUGCCGCCCACUAAUCCAGGCAGCACUGUCUGAUGUUGUAGUAUGGGCUAAGACUUGUGGAUCUAAGGUAGAACAAGCAGUCAGCUCAAGCAGUAGAUGAGAUACUGCUGUAUCUGUAGCUCUUCAGAAAAAAAGUAACCAAUCCAAUCCAAUCUGACCUUCUUUUCGGAGAGAACUCCGCUUUCAGUGGCAAUACUAGACUCAUCUUUCCAAAGCUUAGCAAUUACUUCUUUUAUGUUGUUCAGCUUUUUAUUUCCAUUCUUAAGCAGUAACAGUCAGAUUUGUGUGGGGUUUUUUUUUGUUUUAAAGCAGUUAACGAAAGUUGUAAUGAAGGAAUUACUAUGUGACUACUUGUUUUGGCUGUAGUAGUUCAAGUUGAUGGAUAUUUUGUGGUGCGUCACAUCUCAAACUUCAGCGAGGCAGCUCUUGUCAGCGCCUUACCGCUUGAGUACGCCGGUCUUCAAAGACCCAAGAUAAAUAGCACACCGACCGAUUCCUACAAGUGGGUAUCUUUCCAACGGAAGUGUCUGGAUUGGAAAUUGAAUUGGGAUUGGAGUUACGAAGGCUUGUUUGUGGAAGCAUUUAUGUUUGGUUUUUGGUGUGUAGGUUUGCACUGUGUUCAUCGUCGUCUUUUAUUUGUCAUUUAAAAAGCAUUGUGUCUGUGUUGGUUAUUUUAAAAAGUUAAUUCCGACAUCUUACUUGAAACAAAUGACCGGUUUACUUGUAAUUGUUUUGGUUACCAAAGAGCCGAACGGGACACUCUUAACUUGCUGAAAUGUGAGGGCGUUUUUCAGCCUGAGUUCUGUUCUGUUAACAUCUAGCGAAAGUAACCGCUUAAUAACUAAUCCUCCUGUUUACCUGUCAAGCGUUUUCUUUUCUGUGCAGUUUUAUAAUGUUUUUUUAUGUAUAUACCUACAGAAAUGUUAAGUAACACCUGAUCUUAUUUUCAAAGAAUUUGUACAUUUUAGAAACCUUUGCUAGGAGUGGCUUCCUUUUGUAGAGUAUUUAUUUUAGAAUAGCCAGAAUGUGGUUUGAUAUACUGUGUCUGGAAGUGAGCUUUUUGAGAGGGAAGUGAAUGAGGUGUGAUUAGACGGGACCUCCUACAGAUUUGUGGUCUUUAAAUUCAGAUUCACCGGUCAUAGAACUUCUAUUUUGUUCCUUAAUCCAUUCUACUGAUGGAAACACGGAUCAGAAAAAGAACGAUGGAAAAGAGGAAGCAAGCUGCUAACCCUCUAGAGUAUGUCUCUGUAAUAAAACAUGGUGGUAUUUAAAAAUUGCCCAUCUGUCUUGUCUUGGUCUUUGAUUCACUGCCGCCUGUCAGCCGCCAGCCCAAACCACAAUCUCAUUAGCGCUGUCACUAUAACACCCACAGCCGUACAUCAGCUCCAGAGGCUUUGCAGGGUCAUCAACUCCACUUUCUGUCCUACUGGCCGUCAUUUAAAGCUCGAUACAGUGACCUGGACCAAUCUGAUCUUUAGAGGUUCUAUCACGACAGACGUCAUGAAUCCUUGUUUAUGAUUCGCCUGCAACAGAGAGAUGGAAGUAAGCCCCUUGUUUCUCCACAUGCACGUCAUCUUUUGUGCUGAGCUUGUGAACAUGAUAUUCAGGCAACCGUUACCUCGAAAAUAAACCUGAUGAUGGUGCAGAGUGUGUGUUUGGCCUUGUGAGUUCUCUAGCACCUGAGGUUAUGUCCUUUAUCAGAUAAAGUACUUUUUUUUUUCUCUGGAUCUGUUAGUAGUUUAAAAUGACCAAAAUAAAAAUAAAUUCCAGACAUGUUUCUGUUUAUGACUGAAACCUACAUGUAACUGAUUUUAUAUAUGUGACCCUGGACCACAAAACCAGUC